AUGUACAUUCAUUCUUUUUUUUUUGGGGGUGGUCUUCUUCUUCUACUUCUUUUCUUCUUUUUCUUCUCCUUUUUCUUCUUUUUCUUCUCAUCCUCUUCCUUCUUUUCCUUUUUCUCCUCCCCUUUUUUCUUCUUUUUCUCAUCCUUCUUUUUUCUUCUUCUUCGUUUUCUACUCCUCCUUUUUUUCUUCUUCUUCUUCUCUUGCUUUUUCGCCUUCUUCUCCUCUUCCUCUUUCUUUUUCUCCUCCUUCUUCUCGUCCCCUCCUUUACCACCUCCACCUCCUUCUUCUUUUUCUUGUUUCCCUCCUCCUCCUCCUCCUUCUUCUUCUUCUUCGCCUUCUGAUCCUCCUCCUUCUCCUUUUACUCCUUCCUCUCGUCGUCAUCCUUCUUUUUCUUUUUCUUCUUCUCGUCCUCUUCAUUCCUCUUCUUCUUCUUCUUCUAAUCCCCCUUCUCCCUCUUCUUUUACUACUACUACUAUUUCACUCCAUACUCCUCCUCUUUUGUUCUUUUCUACUUAA